AACAUGCCCCACGCUCGAAAUAGGAACCCUAGCCCCAUCCCAGAGGUAACAUGGGACACGGGAUUGAAGGAGAUGAACGAAACCUGGAAAGGAGCUAUAGCUUGUCUUGGGGUGGCCGUCUUCUUUGUAAUGACCAUCGGGAUCAUAUACUGGCAAGUGGUGGACCAGCCUAACAAGAACUGGAUCCUCAGGGGGACUUAUAGCGGUCUGAUCUGGGAGAGAAGAACCCACUCGUUGGUCAUACAGACCUUGACCGAGGACAACACCUAUGUGGAAAUUGACGUCGGGAAUGUGGGGAACCCCGACAUUGAGGUUCCCUUCGUGAGGAACCUGUGCUGGCUGAAUAAAACGGAGUUCUGCUAUACGUGGGACUCGGUGGCCGAGGUGAAGAUCUCGCUGGAGGUGAAUGAGGAGACGGAGACAGAGUGCUACAGUAUGACUUGGACGCCGGUGCACUGUCAUGUGGAGCUGAAGGACUGUUUCUCCAUGACCAACGUGUCCUGGUACGGCGGCGCCAGUGUCCGGGGCCAGACCUGGCCUAUCAAUGACCAGAAUGCCACCAUGAAGCCUUUCAUUGUCAGUGAUCUGAAGGACAACCCUUCCGGUUACGGCUCGGCUCUGGAGCGCUACUUCCUGGGAUCAUCAGGUGUUGCAGUGCUGGUGUCUCCUGAUAUCCCCCUGCAGCUGGGAGUGGAGAGCAGACAGCAGUUCUGCCUGCAGUCACUGCCUAGUAUGGAGCGUCUCCCUCUACAGUACACAGUGUGUGUGGCUCAGAAUGUGAAAGCCGCACACCAGGAAGCAGUGCAACAGCUCUCCCAGCACAGCAGGGAGCUGCCCAACAUGAAGGCACUGUGGCUGCCAUUCUGGAAGCUGCUCACCAAUGUGGAUUCAGGGCCGAAGGUGGAGAGGGAGCUGAGGACCUUCUCUAAUCGUCUGAGGAGACACCAGCUGGGGGAGGGAGUCAUCAGCCUCAAUGAACAUUCCACCAACCUCCUCUCUGAUAUGGACCAUGACUACCUCAACAGCAGGAAAAGGGGGAUGUCCAAGAGACUGACCAGGGACCUCCCACUUGUCAAGCUUCUUAACAUUUCCAUCUCUCUGUCCCCUUUCCUGGGCGUGGACACCACGCAGUUCCACACCUCCCUCAUGGACGGUAGUGAGGCAUACUGGCUCAGUCUCCCCUCAGCCCCUCAGGGACAGCUGAUCCCUGUGAUGAGUCAGUGGCAAGGGAGGUACUGUGUAAAGUUGAACAUCACAAACCCAGGAGCCGUGAGUUGGUUCCUGGAUGGAGUGGGAUCCCUCCAGGCCCACUUAGGGAUGGAGUACAUCAUGUUGGAGGGGGGCGAAGGGAAUCUGUUCGAGGAGCAGGCCCUGCGGGUGCCACACGCUUUAGGUGGAGACAAGUACAUCAGCCUGCUGGCAGACCUGGCUACAAAGAUCGGAGACUCCACCAUUAUGACAGCAGGGACACGGUCGAGCCAUAAGCCGCUCUUUGUGAGGAUGACCCCCUUGCAGUCCGACUGGAGCCCGAUGGGCCUGAAGGGCAUCAUUCCCUCCCUGCUCCACCACACUCUGCUGGGAUAUAACUUCCUCAUUCCUGAUGCAGUAGGUGGCUCUCUGUCUGGAGACCUGGUCACAGAUGAAGAGUUGUUCAUCCGUUGGCUUGAGAUUGCAGCUUUUCUCCCUGUUAUAAGCUUCCACACGCCACCAUGGGUCUGCGGAGAGGAUCGGGUGCUAAACCUAACUAAGAUCUACAUAACAAAGCACCAGAGGGAUGUGGUCCCACUCAUAGAAAAGUAUGCAGUUGAGUGGCAGAUGACGGGAAACCCCAUCUACCGGCCGAUGUGGUGGCUAAGUCCCAGUGACCCCAUGACCUUCACCAUCAAUGACCAGUUCCUCAUCGGAGACGAGGUCCUGGUAGCACCAGUGGUGGAGAAAGCGGCAGUACAGAGGGAUAUUUAUUUACCUGACGGAGGCUUCCAGUGGCAGGACAGCCGGAACGCUCAGGUGUUUGAUGGGGGGACGUUCCUACAGGACUACUCUGUGCCCCUGGAGGAGGUGGCCAUUUUCUUACGGAGAAGUUGA